GAGAGUCACUACGCCUUUAGCGCGAUUUUAGUAAAAAUGCUUUUUUAAUUCAAUAAAUAUAUUAAAUUAAACAAUGAUGGAUAUAAAAGACAUUAUAAAAUGGUUUAUUCCAUGUUUCCAUGUAUUACUUUGGUGCGCGCGAAAAAUAAGUGCGCGUUUGACAGUUGUGUGUUUAUUUUUAAUUUUAUGCCCCACUUAUGAAGCUAAGGUCUUAAGUGAUACUAACGUAGCUAUAAGUAAAUCAAAUACCAAAAGUUUAGAUAAUUUUAGUGCAAAUAAAGUUAAUUUUACAGGACAAAGUGAUGAACAUCGAGGCGAUACUUCUAUUGGUCGAACGUUUGGACGUCCAUUCAAGCGAAUGAUCCAAGCCUUGGUCCCGUUGGCAUUCCAGAUGGGCGCUGCGUCCACCUGGGCAGUAAUUGCUGCGAUGGUCGGCAUCAAAACUUUAGCUGUCACUUUGCUGAUACUCAAGCUAUUGCUGCUUGCUGCUGCUGCAAAGUUUGGAACUCUAUUCGCAAGCAAACACCAUUCACACGGUUGGGAGAGUCCAACCCCACAUCAGAAAGAGAUUCACCUGCACAUACACAAUGGUCAGCAUGGGGAAGAACAUGUUCCUAUAUCCCCAUGGAGUAGAGAGGGAGUUCAAGCUUCGAACCCGAGUGAAACGAAACACGUCAACGUCGGGUUUGAUCCCUAUGGGGGACCACAGACGAUCAGCACACCUUAUGGGCAUUACAUGAAAAUAGAUCCAGCUAUUCAACCCCAUUGAAUUCCUAUAAAUAAGAAAUAUAUCCGUAGAUAUAAGAUAACUGAAUAUAAAAGUCUCAGGCAUCAAUAAUAUCUAUGAGAACUUAAACUUUGUUCAAACUUUACUCACGUAAAACUUAGCUGAGUGUAAACAUAGCAUCACCACUUGGCGUUGUGUAGAGGCAUCGCUUCAGUGUGUGUCUUCUACCGUAUUUAUCACGGAGAGUGUAACGAAGAGCUAUUUCACCUCAUUCCUGCCGCCGAAUUCCACCUUCACACGACACGCCACAAGUUAGGAUAUCAUUCCCACCAUCUGGAUGUUUGGCGGUCUUCCACAGUGCGGAUUUCAAGGAGCUUUUUUCCACGUACUACAAAGCUGUGGAAUGACCUUGUGCGGUGUUUCGGGGACGAAACGACAUGGGUACCUUCAAAAAAAGGGCGUACACCUUCCUUAAAGGCCGGCAAUGCUCCUAUGAUUCCUCUGGUGUUGCUAGAGAAUGUGGGCGGCGGUGAUAACUUAACACCAGGUGACCCGUACGAUCGUUUGUCCUCCUUUUCCAUUGUCAUUUGACAGCUGAAAUUAUACUAAGGUUAAGCUAAGACUACAGACAGUACAAUGCAAAAGUCAAGUUCUCGUUUUAUCACACUCACCUAAGUUUUACUUAAGUAAAGUCUGUGCAAAGCCUUAGAUAAUUUAUAGGUCUAGAUAGAGCUUCUUGGUGCUAGACAACUGAUGAAAACAGGCCAGGUUUAUUAAUUUUGUGUGCGUGACAAGCAACGCCUCACACUUGCGAUUUGUAUGUCAUUUUGUGUUAGUGUGCGUGCAUUGCUCAAAAUAAAGUUUAACAGUCAACCUCAAUUUUUUUCGACGUGUUCAUAGCUGUCACAGCCUAUCUACGUAUAAAUGAUCUAAGAUAAUUGUAAUUUAAAUAAAGCAAUUAGUAUGCCAUAGAAGCUAUUACAAUGGUAUUUAGGAUUGUUAAUUUAACACUAGUGAAAACGUCAUCAAUGAGAGGCUUAUAAUACGAAAUACAAAUUUUUGUAUCUGUAUUCAAAUUCAAACAUUUCUAUUCAAAAUAGGUUAUAUAUAUUCCCCUGGCACAUUUCCUAUUUGGGGUCGGCCCUCCUGAUACAAGAUCGCCACUAUUUGCGAUCUUGGGUCAUUACUGGUGGUAGGCCUAGCAUCGUCAUGUCUUUGCCACCGGUU